AAACGAAGACCUAUUGGGACUGUUUUUGAAAUCCUCAUUCCGAUUGUUGUGAUGGGCAUUCUUAUUCUAAUUCCAUUGUAAGUAUAUUCACAUGCAUUUAACUGUAUAUUUUGCCAGCAAGUGUACAUUUUGUACAUUUACAAAUUGUGGUAAAAAAUUGUAGAUUACUCUUAUUUUUCUGCUGUGAGAACAGGAACUGCAAGAACUUUGCUGUGGAUCAGGCACAAGUUGGGAAGUUUUAUGACAGGCAAUUGCACCUCUUUUUUUUAAUAAAAAAAAUACCACUAAAACAUUUUCUUUUCCCUCUAUUAGGACAUCACCAUCAGCACGAGACGAAUGUUUUUGUAAGUGUCAUUCCUUAACAAAACUGAAAAAUUCAGUAAUAUUUUGAAGCUGUAAUGAGGUACUAAAGUGUUGAGACACUUCUGUAAAUUGGCCCCUUAAUUUUGCAUGUGGACAUACCUAUCCCUUUCCCCUGUGUACCCACACCCCCUUCCCUCAAAACUGAUGGUUUAUUUUAGACAAAUCAGUAUUUGCCAUAAAGUGAACAGUAUAUAUGUGAAACUUAAUGCCACAACAGUGUGUUUUGCUUUCUUUUAGCUGUAUAUCAAUCAACAGAGAUUGAUGUGAGCAACAUGAAGUACGAUGGUGGAAAAUUGGCUUUCUUCCCACAAACUGAAAUAGGUAUCAGUUUUAGAUUCCAAGUUAGAUGAUGAUGAUGAUGAUGAUGAUAAUGAUAACGAUAAUAACGCAGUUGAAGCUCUUGUAAGUGACGGUCUCUGAAAUUCGAAAAAGUGGUUGUAACUAGAACACACUGCAGAAUGCCACUUUAGAUUAUGGUGAUAAUGACGACAUGAUGAUUGAAAAUUAAUGCUUAUGCAAAUUUUGGGGGGAUAAACAAGGCUUUUUUUGGUCAAUGUGAAAGUGGUGAAUUGUAUACAAAAGUGAGUUAAGGAUUAAGAAAUCAACUCACUUAUUGUUUUUAAAUAGUUUUGCACAUAAUAUUUUGAUACAAUAUAUGUCAUUCAUACUUACUUUAAUUCUUUUUAGUGUCGAAGUUGAUGGCAAGAGUUGAAAACAUUACAGGUUUGGAAGCUGUUAGUACCAGUAACACUACUGGCAAGCCAUGGUCAUCUGGGGCUAGUAUGGCUGCUGAAGUAUCUGAGAAAGAUCAAAACUACUAUUUUGGGGGUAAGCAAAUGCAAAAUGCCUUAUAACCCAAGAAAACAAAAAAUAACAACAAACAAUUUUACAAAAACAAAGCAAGAAGAAAAGCAAACAGACAAUGAAAAACAAAACAAAAUAGAAAAGAAAAAGAAAAAUGCAGUGUUGGUUGAAAUGACAGUGCUCCAAGUUACAGAGCUUAUAAUUCUGGCAAUUGUGAUUGUCCUUUGUAUUCACUGAGGAAAAUCUCAGUCAGCUGUACAGUGAAACCUCUAUUAAGUGGACCCCCAAUUAAGCGGACACCCUCUAUUAAGUGGACACUAAGCCAGGUCCCGAAAUUAAUGUCUUAUAUAUUUCCCUUCUUAUGAACCCCUAUUCAGCGGACAGCUCUAUUAAGCAGAUGCAGGCACUAAAGUAAAUUGUAUUUGGCUAAUUUCUAUUAAUGUUAAUAACCUCUAUUAAGUGGACACCAGACUGAAUUGUCUUGACAAUAGUAGUAGUGGAUUACAUCCUUGAAAUACGUACUGUUGUCAAUUAAUAAAGAUAAAUCAAUACAUUUAGCUGUCAGUAAACUGUAGAUUAGACGGAAAGUCUUUGCACGAAGUACAGCACCGCUUCCUUAGCUUCCUUAACAACGUGGAACUUUAUCACAGUACAGAGUAUUACCGUUGAAAGUUAAUCGUUAAAAAACAUUGCUCAAUUUUUGCAAACCUUAAGCAGACACCCUCUAUUAAGCAGACACUUAGGAAGGUCCUAAAGGUGUCCUCUUAAUAGAGGUUUCACUGUAUUUUACAUUACCAACCUCAAAAUUGUGUACCAAGGGUAUUAGACAUGCACCCGCCUUUUUUAUUUCAGCCAUUGAGUUUUUAAUUGAUGAUGAGGACAGUCUUCCAAAGAAAGUCAAGUAUGCCAUUCGCUUGAGGUCUGAGGUCGAUUCGCCAUGGAACACAGACUCGACUUAUCCACAGUUUAUUCCAGAUAGCCCUGUUACAUGGUAGAUAAAAUGAUAAGCUCUCAGCAUAUUGAUUGUAACUGUAGUUAUUUGAAAACAUGCUGAAUUUGGACAUCAUACAUUCAUCGUUAAAUUUUGUCACUGUAUCACACAUUAUGACACGAUUGUGCUUAAAACAGUGCUGCUUAUAUGAUGAAUUCACCCAUUCACCCUUGAAGAUCUUUUCAAAAACUGCGGCUAUUUGAAGGUUAAGCCAAGCAGUUUUAUGACCUCCAGUCAUGAAAUGAUGUCUGAGGAAUGAGUGCAGAAAUGUCCAUACUAAUGACCUAUCACUAUACCCAUAAUAUUCUGUUGAAGAUCAGUCAAAGUAAAUUUCCCUUGUGGCACAACCCAAUCAGAAGAACUGUUACUCAGAUCCGGGUAGUGAUACGUUAUUAUUAUGAUAUUUCUGGGCUUGUUCCUCAGACAUUUUGUGGGGAGAUCGACCGAGUGGUGGUAUUAUAGCGAAAUGUCAACUCGUUUCUUAGACCACAUGUAGAACAAAAGUGAGCAUUGAUGGAAAAACUUGGAGCCAAUCAAAAUGGAUUCCAGUAGUGCAUUUUGAACUUGCUAGCCAAGUAGUUUUCAAAGUUCAUUUUUGUUGGUUGACACAAAGCUUUGAUUUUGUUUAGUGCCUCCAUGACUAAAGAAAUAAACCCACUUUUUUUUUUAUGUUUUAGGCCAGGUUCAAAUGUUGAACUUCUAGUAUGCAAAAUGAGAUGCUACCCUUUGGUUUUCAUAUAUUACAAAAUGGAAUAAAAUUAUUAUCUACUGACGUUUCAGCUGACAUUUGAGCUUUGAGAGCAAGGGACUAACUACUGUACCACUUUAUCCUGUUCUUUUUUUUCCUCAGGAGCCAAUAUGAUUACAAGUUUUUGCCACUUCAGUAUGCAAUUGAUACUGCUAUCAUGCAAAUGCAAGCUGCCUUGUCACAUGGCAUUCCUGUGAAAAUGAAGGCGAGUAUAUAAAUUAUGCAGACAUGAAUGGUUACAUGUAGGCCUUCACUGUUAAUUUCACCGCGUAACUUGUUAAUUUACGGUAACAAAAACCUCAUGGUCUUGAGGAUUGGGGUUUUAGGAAGUUUGCCUUUGUCAUCGUCAUCUUUAUUAUCACUACCAUCGUCUUCAUCAUCGUCAUCAUCAUUGCCAUCUUCAUCAUAGCCAUCAAUAUCAUCAAAGUCAGUGACAUCAUCAUCAUUAUCAUCGCAGCCAUCUUAUCAUCCUCACCUUCAUCAUCAUCAUCAUCGCCAUUUCCAUUUCCAUCAUCAUCACCAUCAUCAAUUUCAUCAUCAUCAUUUUCAUCAUUGCCAUAAUCAUUAUUGUCAAUUUCUGGAGUUGCUAUAAAUUUGUCCUGUCUUGGUUAGCUUGUUCUUAUAUUAUAUAAUCUUGUUGCACAAACCAUAACUUUGUGUUUUUCCUGCUGGUACAGAUUUUUCCUUACCCAAACUAUACAACAGAUUAUGCGAUGAAUAUGGUAUCCCUGUUUAUGCCACUGCUGGUUAUGUUGGGCCUGAUGUAUUCAGCUAUGACAAUUAUCAAGGUA